AUGGGGAAAGAGGCGGCGGUUCAACAAGACCGCGCGCGCCCCGGGAAGGACGCGGGGCCCGGGAGGCGCCUUGACCGCCCCGUUGUUGCGCCCGGGGGGCGUCGCGCACAAGAAAACAGAACAAAGCCGCGCGCCAGGCGAAGGGCCGGCAAUGUUCUUCCCCGAGCCCGUGCCGCGGCGCCCGUCGCCCAAAACAAGAAAAUUGGCAGGGGCGGGGAAAAAACAGAAAUAAAGGCGCCGCCCCCCGCUCUGCCGGCCCUCUUUUGCGCGCCCCCGCGCGGCCCGGAAGGGAGGGAGGGGAGACGCGCCUCCGUAGGGCGCGCGCGGCAUUCUCUGUUUGAGAGUAGCUGUCCCCUGAAGGACGUUGCAUGUGAAAAAAUCUGUGGAAGGGAAAUUGUGAACGAAAGGCGGCAGGCCCUUUUAGUGGGGACCAUUAGAGCAAGAUGUCGCAUUAAUUUGUUCCUAGCUGGGCUGUCAUUGGCCGAGCUGGGUGAGAAAAGCGAGGAUGAUGUUGGACUUCCCCUUCUUUAA